CCGGCCCGGCCCGGCCUGGCCGCGCUGCCGCCGCGACCCGGCGAUGCCAUGCUGAGACCCGAGAUCUCCGCAUCCUACCAGGAGAAAUUCCAGCAAUUACGAGUUGAGAGCAUGUUUGGAAAUUGAACCACUGUUUUAACUACACAGCUGAGUGAAGAUGUGGAGCGAGCAUCUGAAAACCCAACAGAUGAGAGAGAAGGAGAGAUGGAAGUGCAUGAAGAUGCCAGCUCUGUUAUUCUACCAGAUAGUGAACUGGGCACCACUGCCCCUUCUUUGCGUUUCAGCAAGACCUGCCUAAAGAAUGUUUUUUCAGUAAUUCUCCUGUUUAUUUAUCUGCUGCUCAUGGCUGUAGCUGUGUUCCUUGUCUAUCAAACCAUCAGUGACUUCAGGGAGAAGCUCAAGCAUCCAGUGAUGUCUGUCUCUUACAAGGAAGUGUCCUUGUAUGAUGCACCUGGUAUUGCCUUUUAUCCAGGCAAGGCUCAGCUGCUGAGCUGCAAGCAUCAUUACUAUGAUCACAUUCCACCUCUGAUCAAUCCAGGUCAGCCAGGAGACAUUGACUGCACCACUCGGAGAAUCAACUACACAGAUCCUUUUACUAAUCAAUCUAUGAAGUAUGCUUUGGUUGUUCAAGGCCCUCGUGAUGUGAAGAAAAAGGAACUGGUGUUUUUGCAGUUUCAUUUAAAUGGAACAGACCAGGAUUUUAGUGCCAUUGACUACCUUCUGUUCUCUUCUUUCGAAGAGUUCAUCAACAGUCCAGAAAAAGCAGAAUUCAUGAAGGACUGUGAAAGUUCAUAUUCCAGCUGGAAGUUUUCCGGAGGCUUUCGAACUUGGGUCAAGAUGUCCUUGGUGAAAACAAAAGAAGAAGAUGGCAGUGAGACUGUUGAAUUCAAACAAGAGACCAGCGUGGUGAACUACAUUGACCAGGGAACUAAACCCAGAAGCGAUCAGCUGUUUUUUGUGGUAUUCGAAUGGAAAGAUCCGUUCAUACAGACUGUGCAAGAUAUUGUCACAGCAAACCCAUGGAACAUGAUUGCUCUCCUCUGCGGCAUCUUCCUCGCUCUGUUCAAGGCUGCAGACUUUGCAAAGUUAAGUGUCAAGUGGAUGAUCAAAAUCCGCAAGAGACAUCUGAAGAGGAGCCAUCAAGCGAGGAACCACAUAAACUGA